AUGGACCUGCUAGAGGACCUUGAGUCCCUGCAGUUUGAGUAUGGGAUUCCACAGGAAGAUAGUAUUUUGCUGUAUUUGCAGGGCCGUUUUCGGGGACUGAUGAUCAAUGCCUGUGCCCAUGCAACCUUCUUCUGCAAACUGUUAUGCAAUUUGAGAGAAUCAUUACAUGAGAAUCAAAGUUCCAGCUAUCUCUCAGUUGGACCACUUCAUUUAGCCAUUCUUGACAAUACAGAGUUAAAGGUGGGCAUCACUGGAGGUGGCCACCUAGGGAAGCAGCUGGCUGGAACACUGCUGCAGCUUGUCCCCAUCCCUGCUGAGAGCCUGCGGAUCUCCACUAGGAGGCCAGAGGCCCUGGAUGAGUUCCAGAAACUGGGGAUCCAGUGCUUUUACCAUAACUCUCAUCUGGCAAGUUGGGCCAAUGUGAUAUUCCUCUGCUGCUUGCCAUCUCAGCUGUCCCAUAUCUGCUUAGAAAUUCAAACCAGCCUUGAGAAGACCUGCAUCGUGUACAGCUUUGUAGCUGCCACCCCACUACCCAGGUUGAAACUACUACUGAAUCACACCAAUAUCUUGCGACCUCGAUAUGAGUGUGUUGAAGACUAUGUUAACAUCUGGGGGGCCAAUAAGGAAGUUGCAGCUGCUCUCCAAGAUCCUGUGAUUCUUCAGGCUACCUGCCCCUACAGUCCUGCUGGGGGAAUCACCCUCAACAUCAAGUGGUUGGAGGGAGUGUUCUAUGCAGCCCUAAACAUGUGCACAGCAAGAAACAUGGCCACCCCAGAAGCGCUGCUGCUUCUGAAUAAACUGUUUUUCUCUGUGCAUUUCAAAGACACAGCAUCUUGCCCAAAGUUUCAACCAACAGAUUUUGUCAGCAAAGCCUAUGUCAAGAACUUGUCUCAGAAAAGGUCUUUCCCUUGGUUUGAUCUGACUACUGUGCAACUCAAGCAAACUCCCUUUAGCCAGCAUCUCUCAACCAGUAUUGUUCUCCAAGACCACCUUACCCAUCUAUACUGUGAUUUAUUUGGCAUCUCCCUGACCAAAGAACAGCCAGUGGUUUCCACAGGCUCUCCAUCCCAAUAA